GCAGAGAUUUAGAGAGAGAUGCUUGCAAAGUGAUCACACUCAUCACACCAUGUCAUCCCUUCUACUAUGAUUACGCUGUAGUCGCGUUAAUAAGGAAAGAAAAAAAUUAGCAUCAAUCUGAUUGCUGUUACAUCCGUAUUUAUACAAGAUGAACAUGCGUAGGAGCGCACCUAACAUUUUGAUAUGUGGUACACCUGGCGUUGGCAAGAGCUUGAUGGCGCAUUUGUUGGAGGAAGAAACUAAGCUAAAUUGGAUCGACGUCAGUAAAGUAGCUAUUGAGACUGGAUGUGUGGGCGAGUAUGACGAAGAGUUACAAUGCAGCGUAUUGGACGAGGACGCGUUACUGAAACUUAUGGAGAAUUGGAUGAGAGAAGGAGGACAAAUCGUGGACUAUCACAGUGCCGACUUGUUCCCUGUAAGUUGGUUUGACAUUGUGUUUGUGCUCAGAACAAACAAUACUAUUUUAUACGACCGUCUACAAGAAAGGGGCUAUAACAAGAAGAAAUUACAGAGUAAUGUAGAAGCUGAAAUUUUUGAAAUUGUUGUCCAAGAAGCAAAAGACUCAUUUGAGCCAGAAAUAGUGCAUGAACUAACGAACGAUACUCCAGAUGAGCUGAUAGUCAAUGUAGAUAGAAUAUGCCAGUGGGUAGAGCAAUGGAAAAUAGAUAAUAAGUAAAAGUGAGAAAAUAUAUAUUAAGUAUUUCUUAUGUAGACUUAUUUUCUCAUUAUUAAUCAGAGUAAAGGAUAUCAAUAAAUAAUAAAUGACAUAUUUUCGCAUGUAAAGUUCUCACGAUUAUGUUUAUACAAUAAAGAUUUAUACAGUAAAGAAUCAGGCCAAUGAUCGAGCAAAUUAUUAUGUAUUAGUUAACUAAUUAAAAUAUUUAUUAUUGUAUAUUGUGUAGUCGCUAAUGUAGUACUGUUAACGCAAGAUUUGAAUUUGUGCGUUUUUGAUCGGAGUGAUCCCGAUUGAUCACGGCUCGAUUGGACACCACCAAUCACAGCGACCAAGUGCCUAGG